AUGAAUGGACAAUUUGAAAACGGAAAUGAUAAUGAUUAUUUGAUACAUGAGAUAAAAUAUCUCAAAUCAUGCUUCCAAUCAAUAAUACAAUCGCUCGAAGAUGAAAGAUCUAUUGCUUGUCUGGAAAAAUAUGUAACAUCAAUUGUCGUUGAUGCAGAACCUUAUCUAAAAGAAAGAUAUCAAACUAUUAUUUCCAAUACUUCAUAUUUCCAUAACAAUUUACUCCUUUUUAUUCAAAUUUUUCAACCAAUUACAACCUUCUUUGAUAAUCAACGCAUUAAUAGGAAUUUUCAGGUAUCAACAUUUACAUCCAAAUACGACGAAAUCGAAAAACAGAUUGAUUCAAUAAGAAAUAACUUAAAUCCACUAGAUAACAUCUUCAGAACAGCUAUGAACAAUUCUGGAAAUCUGUUUAAAAUAAGUGAAGAUAUAUCAAACUUUAGAAUCAAUGAAGAAAGUGGAAAAAACAAACUGAAAUUAGAAUUAUCGAUAUAUCAGACUUCUAUGCAAAAAUUCAACGAAUAUCGAUACAAAAUGGAAGCAAUGGAAUUAAAAGAUAAACAAUACGUCGAAUCUUUCUGUCAUCAAGAGAAAGAUUUGUUUCAUUUAUAUAAAAGAGAUGUUGGAAAGAUGUUCAAAGAAUUAAACGCCAGGAUACAUAAAGUAGGUCAAAAUCUUAGCGAUAUACGUACUGUAAACACAUCAGAUGAUGGUUUUGAUACAGAUUUUCGUGAAUUUUGUAAAAACAACGAAAUUGCGAUCAGAGAUUUUGCUCUUCCAACAUUUCGUAAAAUUUAUAUCAAACAUCUGUUGAAAAAAUUCUUUCCUAUCCAAGACAUUGGUUUUGUUGUUGAUAUUUAUCCGGAAGCAUUAGCAAAAACCACUGAAGACUGCACAUCAUUGGAUGGACAGACAAUUUACAAGAAGGAUACAAUACUUAUGGUCUUUGGUUCAUUUGAAAAAGAAGAAAUUUUAGUUUCUGACACGGAAUAUUGUUUAAAGAAGUAUGUUAGUGCGAAAUCAUUGAAUAUAUAUAGAACAGGAAUAUGUUUUUACAAGGACGAAUCAUUAUUUGGAACAAUUUUAGGAGAAAAUAAUGGAAAUUACGAGAUCUUGUUAACUGAUGGUCAGACAGUUGAUGCUAAUGAUACACAGAUAUACAAAUUGUAA